UCCUACAAUGAAACAACAAUCGAAGAAGAGUAACAUCCGGUUUAUCCCGGAAGUAAAUCUUAUCGGCGCAAUACAAAACUAUAUUAAGCGUGCUAUGAUUAGUUGAAAGUGUUUUAAAGCCUUAAUUCAAUAAACAUGUUUACCCCACCGAAAGAGGGUUUGCCCAACAUGAUUGAAACCGCGCUCAGGAUGAGGAGGGAAGAACAAGCUCGUCAAGUGGUCCUCGCCUGGGCUGUUCUAAACGUGACCCUGGCUGGCAUGAUUUACACAGAAAUGUCUGGAAAAUUGUUAAGACGAUACUACAACAUCACCUACUGGCCUAUUUGGUACAUUGAACUGGCACUAGCCUCCCUUUUUAGCCUUAACGCUCUUUUCGAUUUCUGGAAAUACUUCAAGUACACCAUGGCGCCGUCCACCAUCGCCGUAACUCCGCAGCAGCAUCGACUCCUCGGCUUUAAAAAUACAAGGAUUCAGCCGUGUCCUCCGCGGAUGCCGGAAAAAAGAGAAAGCCCCGUUCCGGCGGAGUCGUCGCCCAUGCAGGGCCAGACAGUUUUGAGUUUCAGCCCUUCUCGUUCCCUGAACGCCAGCUCAAAGUUCUCCCCGAGCUGCGUGACGGGCUACAGCCCGUCUCUGAGUAAUACCACCACUCCGAGUAGUGCACCUUACUCUCCCUCGCUUGCGUUUGACAAGAUGUUGAGCUACAAUCAUUCCCCAGGCUCCUCGCCAUACCUAAGCAGCACCGAAAACUCCAUGUUGAGGUCUCGUUACCGCACGUCGCCCUCUUUGUUUAACUCCCCCGGAAGCGAGGAGGAUUACAUCGAGGAUUUGAAAAGCCUGGAGCGAUUCCUGCACACGGAGGAAGAGAAGAGUCACCGAAAUCAUCUCGGGAGUCCCGAAUGCAUCUCCCCAAAUCACAGCCCGACAUUUUGGAACUACAACCGCUCGGUGGGCGACUACGCUCAGAGUCUGAGGAAGUUCCUUUACCAGCCUGCCUGUCGCUCUCAGGCGCCGUCAGCCCACAAAGACGAAGCAGACCCGGGCUCCAAACAGGCCGCGGAGGAAGUAUGGGGUAGGAUCACAACUAGUCGACCUGUUGCGGACCGCAUCGACGGUUGGACGGCGAAGCUUCGUAAUUGGAUCAGUGACACCAUUAUGGUCCCCCUGGUCAAGGAAAUGGACUCGGUCAACACCCAGCUCAGAAGAAUGGGCUGCCCUGAGCUCCAAAUAGGAGAGGCCAGCAUUAGCAGCCUCAAGCAAGCCGCCGUGAUGAAAGCAUCAUCCAUCCCAACUAUGAACGCCAUGGUCCAGUACUUGGAUAUCACUCCUAAUCAGGAAUAUCUGGUGGAUCGCAUAAAAGAACUAGCACACAGCGGCUGCAUGAGCUCGUUUCGCUGGAACCGCGGUGGCGAUCUAAAGACCCGAAAGUGGGACACGGAUCUUCCCACAGAUUGUGCCGUCCUCAUGCACAUUUUCUGCACAUACUUGGACUCCAGACUGCCACCGCACCCAAAGUAUCCUGACGGGAAGACGUUUACCUCGCAACACUUUAGCCACAUCCCUGAUAAACCUGAUGUCAGCAAGGAGAACCUCUUCUGCAUCCACCAGAGUAGCACCACGCCACCUCACUACCAACUCAUAUAUCAAGGGCACAUCUUCAGUCUACCCAAGGGUAGGAACAACUUAUUCCACACGAUCCUCAUGUUUCUCUACGUCAUUAAAAUCAAGGAAUCAGGAAUGCUGGGACGAGUAAACCUCGGACUCUCCGGUGUCAACAUCUUGUGGAUUUUUGACGACUAGAGUUCUCCUGUGAUGACUUUGAAUUCAUGAAGACAUAAAGCGAACAAUGUUAUCACUUUAUGUUCUCAUUUAGAGAAAUUCGACCUCAAGUUGGUUUCUGGGAAUGUUCAAGGGCUCAAUCUGCAAUUCUCAGAUUGUACACCUUUGCAUUUCUUCAUCUUCAACAGCGUUUUUUUUUUUUUUUCCCUAAAUUAAGCACGCACAGAUAAGACAUGAAAGUCUGAAUAUUAGUGAAUGUAAUAGCGCUUUAAAAAUGAAUGCAUUACAGUUAUGUGGCUGUUUUAUAAGACGUUUUCCAUGUAUUAAACGUUUUGUUUUUUACCACUUGA